AUGGGGGCGAUGUUCCGGAGCGAGGAGAUGGCCUUGUGCCAACUCUUCAUACAGCCUGAGGCUGCCUAUACUUCCGUCUCCGAGCUCGGAGAGGCCGGCACCGUGCAGUUCAGAGACUUAAACGCAGACGUGAACGCGUUCCAACGCAAGUUCGUUAAUGAAGUGCGACGCUGCGAUGAGAUGGAGAGGAAACUGCGCUAUAUCGAGGCGGAAGUGCACAAGGACAAAGUUCACAUCCCAUCUGUCAAAGACCUGCCACGAGCCCCCAACCCGAGAGAGAUUAUCGACCUUGAGGCGCAUUUGGAGAAGACAGAGAACGAAAUCCUAGAGCUGUCCCACAACGCUAUCAACCUGAAACAGAACUACUUAGAACUGACGGAGUUGAAGCAUGUCUUGGAGAAAACUGAGGCAUUUUUCCUUGCCCAAGAAGAAAGUGGCAUGGAUUCAUUGACUAAAUCGCUGAUGUCUGACGAGACAGGUCAGCAGGCUGCCAAUCGUGGACGCCUUGGCUUCGUAGCAGGUGUCGUACAGCGUGAGCGCGUUCCAGCCUUCGAGAGAAUGCUCUGGCGUAUUUCUCGCGGAAACGUGUUCUUGCGUCGUGCUGAGCUGGACAAGCCACUUGAGGAUCCUACUUCUGGUAACGAAAUCUAUAAGACCGUGUUUGUGGCCUUCUUCCAAGGAGAACAACUGAAGUCCCGCAUCAAGAAAGUGUGCACGGGUUUCCAUGCUUCACUAUACCCCUGCCCACCAUCUAACUCCGAGAGACAGGAUAUGGUCAAGGGUGUUAGGACACGACUUGAAGAUCUUAACAUGGUUCUCAACCAAACCCGCGACCACAGACAGCGCGUUCUCGUGAGCGUUGCAAAGGAAUUGCAGAGCUGGUCCAUCAUGGUCCGCAAGAUGAAGGCGAUCUAUCAUACUUUGAACCUGUUUAACAUGGACGUUACCCAGAAGUGUCUGAUCGGAGAGUGCUGGGUGCCCACUUCUGAUUUGCCCAACGUACAAAAGGCUUUAGCUGAUGGUUCGAACGCGUGUGGCAGCUCAAUCCCAUCUUUCCUGAACUGCAUUGAAACAGACGAAAUUCCCCCAACCUUUAAUAGGACCAACCGUUUCACCCGUGGUUUCCAGACCCUCAUUGAUGCUUACGGAGUUGCCUCAUACAGGGAAUGUAACCCAGCACUCUACACAAUCAUAACUUUCCCAUUCUUGUUCGCGGUGAUGUUCGGAGAUUUGGGUCAUGGGAGUAUCAUGGCCUUGUUUGGGCUCUGGAUGGUAGUCAAGGAGGUGUCCCUAGCUGAAAAGAAGUCCAACAACGAAAUCUGGAACAUUUUCUUCGCUGGUCGCUACAUUAUUCUACUCAUGGGUCUGUUCUCCAUGUACACUGGACUGAUCUAUAACGAUAUCUUCUCAAAGUCGAUGAAUAUCUUCGGAUCGACAUGGUACAUACCAUAUGACAAUGACACAUUAGAACAUAACGCUGCACUUACUUUGGACCCGAAACAUUCUUACGUUAACGCCCCUUACUUCAUGGGUAUUGAUCCUAUUUGGCAGUCUGCUGACAACAAGAUCAUUUUCCUCAACUCAUACAAGAUGAAGCUGUCAAUCAUUUUCGGUGUCGUCCACAUGAUCUUCGGUGUCUGCAUGAGUGUUGUCAACUACAACUUCUUCAAGCGUCGUUACUCAAUCAUCCUGGAGUUUUUGCCCCAAGUCAUUUUCCUGUGUCUGCUCUUCUUAUACAUGGUGUUCAUGAUGUUCUUCAAGUGGCUUGCAUACAGUACUUUCUCAACAGAUGAGGCGUACAAGCAAGGCUGCGCACCAUCAGUACUUAUCCUCUUCAUCAACAUGAUGCUGUUCUCAAGCAACGAACCUGAAAAAGGGUGCAAAGAGUUUAUGUUCGACGGUCAGGGUUUGGUCCAAAGAGUAUUUGUCCUGGUCUCCUUGGCCUGUAUCCCGGUCAUGUUAUUGGGCAAACCACUGUACCUGCUCGCUACUAAGAAGAAGAAGGAUGAAAAGCCAGAACAAUCGAAUGGCAACUUAAACCAUGGCAUUGAAAUGCAAGAACAGACGGACAUAUCCGAGGCGGCCCCGCCGAAAAAAGCAGAAUCACACGACCACGAGGAAGAGGAGUUCAGUGAAAUCAUGAUUCAUCAAGCCAUUCACACCAUUGAAUACGUCCUCAGUACCAUCUCUCACACAGCCUCCUAUUUGCGGCUGUGGGCUUUAUCAUUGGCUCACGCAGAGCUGUCAGAAGUAUUAUGGAGCAUGGUGUUAGCUAUGGGGCUCAAAACGGACGGUUACGUCGGAGCUAUUAAGCUGUACGUGGCGUUCUGUUUCUGGGCGCUCUUUACCCUGGCCAUCCUGGUCAUGAUGGAAGGUCUUUCCGCUUUCUUGCAUACACUGCGUUUGCACUGGGUGGAGUUCAUGAGCAAGUUCUACUCAGGUCUGGGAUACGUCUUCCAACCCUUCUGCUUCAAGACAAUUCUCGAACAAGACGAGAAAGAUGAAUAA